AUGAGCGUGCCGACGGGCGUUCCUCGGCUGCUGCUGUACGCGGCGGCGGCUGUGUGCGCAGAAAUUCCGCCUUACCGCGCACAAACACGCCGGUCCGCAGGUGUGUGCGGCGCCGACGUGGCCAACGUGACGUCCGCGGUGUGCCGUCACCCGUGCCAGGAGCUGGUCCAGCUGCUCGCCGACAUCACCGACAUGCGACUGGUCACCGGAAACCUUCUCGAAGACCUGGACAGAGUGUUAAACGAAAACAAAGAGAUGCGCAUAACUUUGGCGGGACUGGGCGGCGCCGGCGGCAUCGACGGAAAUGAGAUGUCGUGCGUGCAGGACGGCCGAGAGUACCAGCACGGCGAGGACUGGGACGUGGACAGCUGCACUUCCUGCGCCUGCCAGGUCGGCAGGGUGCUGUGUCAUCAGGCCUCUUGCGCUCCCGUGUCCUGCGUCAGUCCCGCGUUUGCCGACGGAGAGUGCUGCCCUGUCUGCCUCGACCAAGCAGACGGCUGGUCCCGGUGGUCCGAGUGGACCGAGUGCUCGUCCACCUGCGGCCGUGGCGGGCAGCGCAGGGGCCGCUCGUGCAACGCCGCGUCCUGCCCGGGGCCGUCGCUCCAAAGCCGCGGCUGCGCGCUGAUCAAGUGCGGAGGCGACGCGCGCGCUGAGGGGAGUUGGACUCUUUGGUCCCCGUGGUCUCCGUGCACGACCGCUUGCGGGGAAGGCAACGUCACCCGCGUCCGACUUUGCGCCAAUCCGCCACCGCGGAAGGGAGGGAGAGGAUGCGCGGGAGUCGCAACGGAGACGAAGCCUUGCAACAACACACUCUGCCCAGUUCCAGGCGGAUGGACAUCCUGGUCUGAGUGGAGCACGUGCUCCAAGUCAUGCGGCGGGGGCCUUUUGAUGCGAGAGAGGAAGUGUUCGAACCCCGCACCGCAAUAUGGCGGGAAGCUUUGUGUUGGAGAGAUAUCGGACUACGAAGCUUGCAACAAACAACCUUGUCCUUUAGACCCGUGCCUGCUGUCAAGGCCGUGCUUUCCCGGGGUGGAGUGCACGUCUAGCAGCGACGGCUCGUGGCAAUGCGGGCAGUGCCCCUCGGGUUCCCACGGCAACGGCACUCACUGCGAAGAUGACAAUGAGUGUGAUGUGGUCGGAGCGUGCGUCACGGACUGCGUAAACACAGACCCUGGCUACUACUGUCUACCCUGUCCUCCUCGAUACAAAGGCAGCCAGCCCUUCGGUCUCGGCCUUGAGGAAGCCCGAAGAAACCGGCAGGUGUGCGCACCGUACAACCCGUGCAAAGACAACACGCACGCCUGCCACAAGCAUGCGCACUGCUUCUACUCCGGCCUGGCGUCGGAGGACUUGUACAAGUGCGCGUGCGCCGUCGGCUUCGCGGGGGACGGCUUUUUCUGCGGCGAUGACGCCGAUCUGGACGGAUGGCCCAACGGCAAGUUGAACUGCAAAAGGAACGGAACGCAUCACUGCCAAAUGGACAACUGCCCCUCUGUGCCAAACUCCGGACAGGAGGACCUGGACAUGGACGGGCAAGGAGAUGCCUGCGAUCCAGAUGAUGACAACGACGACAUCGUCGAUGAACGGGACAACUGCCCCCUGGUCUACAACCCAAGGCAGUUCGACACAGACCAGGACGGAGUUGGGGACCGCUGCGACAACUGUCCGUUUGAAAGCAACUCGCUACAGACGGACACGGACGCCAAUGGCGAGGGAGACGCCUGCAGCCUUGACAUUGACGGAGACGACGUUCCAAACGAUCGCGACAACUGUGCGUUGGUCUACAACACUGAGCAGAGAGACACCGACUUGGACGGUGUUGGGGACCAGUGUGACAACUGUCCCCUUCUACACAACCCGCUGCAAAUGGACUCGGAUAGCGACCUGGUGGGCGACCUGUGCGACAACAACGAGGACAUCGACGAAGACGGGCACCAGAACUCCCUGGACAACUGCCCUUACGUCCCCAACAGCAACCAGGCCGACCACGACGGCGACGGCAAAGGCGACGCCUGCGACCACGACGACGACGACGACGGCGUGCCCGACGACAGGGACAACUGCAGGCUGGUGCCCAACCGAGAGCAGUUGGACUCAGACGGCGACGGCAGCGGAGACGCCUGCUUCGACGACUUCGACAACGACAGCAUUCCCGACGCGCUGGAUCCCUGUCCGCUCAACAACGCCAUCAAGUCCACAGACUUCCGGAAGUUCCAGGUGGUUCUCCUGGACCCGAAAGGCACCACCCAGUCCGACCCGCUGUGGGUGAUCCGCAGCCAAGGCACCGAGCUGCUGCAGAUCACCAACUCGGACCCCGGCAUCGCUUUGGGAUAUGACAAGUUCAGCGCCGUGGACUUCAGCGUGACGUUUUACGUGAACACCAACCGGGACGACGACUACGCCGGCAUCGUCUUCGCCUAUCAGUCGAGUCGACGCUUCUAUGUUGUUAUGUGGAAACAGGUGUCUCAGGCCUACUGGGAAAAGAGCCCCUCCAAGGCGUUCGGAACAGCGGGAGUCUCCAUUAAACUGGUGAACUCCAGCACGGGACCGGGAGAAUACCUGCGCAACGCCCUGUGGCACACCGGCAACACCCGCAACCAGGUGCGGACGCUGUGGCAUGAUCCCCAAAAAACGGGCUGGAAGGACUACACGGCCUACCGCAUGCACCUCAUCCACAGACCCAAGACGGGCUUCAUCAGGGCGGUGGUGUACGAGGGCAGGGAGAUCCUCUCGGACUCGGGCGCCGUUUACGACCACACGCUGGCCGGUGGCCGACUGGGAAUGUUCGUCUUCUCCCAGGAGCACGUCCUCUUCUCUGACCUCAGAUACGAGUGCAGAGAUAACUGA